CCAGUGUCUCCGGGGCUGUGGUUGCUGAACCUCUCUCGCACUCGCUCUCGCUCUCUGAAAAUGGCGACUGUGGCUCGAUUAUCCAGGAAGGCUAUAACCUCGACGAUCACCUCUCACUGCCAGCUCCUCCGCCGCGGCCUCGCCACGGAAUCGGCAGCGUCGGCGGCGAAGAUCACCGAAUCGCCGGAUCGAGUUAAGUGGGACUACAGAGGGCAGAGGAAGAUCAUUCCGCUCGGCCAGUGGCUCCCGAAGGUCGCCGUCGACGCUUACGUCGCCCCAAAUGUCGUGCUCGCCGGCCAGGUCGCCGUCUGGGAUGGAGCCUCCGUCUGGAACGGCUCGGUACUCCGGGGCGAUCUCAACAAGAUCACCAUAGGCUUCUGCUCCAAUGUCCAGGAACGGUGCGUUGUUCAUGCGGCCUGGUCUUCUCCUACAGGACUGCCAGCUGAGACAUCCAUUGAAAGGUUCGUGACAAUCGGUGCUAACAGUCUGUUGCGGUCUUGCACAAUUGAACCGGAAUGCAUUGUUGGGCAGCAUUCCAUCCUCAUGGAAGGUUCUUUGGUGGAGACCCAUUCUAUCCUUGAAGCUGGUUCGGUGGUUGCGCCCGGGAGGAGGAUUCCGUCCGGUGAACUUUGGGCUGGCAAUCCAGCGAGGUUUGUUAGGACUCUGACCCACGAAGAGACCCUGGAGAUUCCUAAACUAGCCGUUGCUAUUAGCGACCUCAGCAAAAGUCAUUUCUCAGAGUUCCUCCCGUACUCAACUGUGUAUUUGGAGGUUGAGAAACUGAAGAAGUCUUUGGGGAUUUCCAUCUGAAGAUGUUUUGUUUUCAUGUUUAUGUAUUGGUUGGAUUAAGUAUGCUCAAUAGAAAAUAAGCAAAUCCAAGACUUGAGAUGCCUGGGAUCUAUUUCCUUGUUUUGUAUCAAUUGAAGGGAACUGGUUGCAAGCUCAAAUUAGUUGAAUGGGAUUGCUGCUGUUCACUGAA